CAUUGUUAUGUCCUCGUUAUCCAAAUUUAUUUAUACAACUAGCUCCCAUAUUAAAGCUAACUAUCUAUUUGUUAGUACUACGAUUUUGGCUGUUGAAAUUAUUUUAGUCAUCACUUAUAAUGUUAUUAAAGCUAAAAUAAGAAAAAUGAGAAACACCAGAGUAAAGAAACUGCAUUUUAUAAAAUUCCCGGUAGUCGUGCAAAAAAGGAUCUUCAACUUUAUGAAUACCCGCGACGUGUUUGUAUUGUCACUUUGUUCUAAAAAACUGGCAAUUUCAGUGCAAAACUGUAAAUCGGCACAGCAAUAUAUGACUCAAAUGUGCUACAAAACAUUUGUUAGACAUCAGCAUCAAUUUGUGAUUGAAAACGAGUACGUUCUUUUGUUAGUGCCCGAUUUGAUAUUAAAAGCAGGACUGUGGUUUUGGUGCAAAGAUUUUGAAUUGGAAGGUGUACGUUUCAGAGUAGAAAAUGGACCAGAUGGGUCUCUAAUACUGUGGUCCAUCAACUCAUCAUUCAAAACUUCUCACUUGGCCAUUGACAAACGCCUGAGAUCCAUACAUCGUCCCACGAGCGAAAUUCAUUUAAAUAUUAAUUCAAAAGAUUUUACAACUUGUUUACCACAUAUUGAGAACAUUAACUACGCUUUUCUGAAAAAUACCAGUGGAAUUAAUAGGAGAUUCAAGUCAGCCGACAUUGAACAGCUAAAUAUGAAGAACUUGGUUAUAUGUAACCCAAUAGAUGGAAGGUUUGAGAAUGAUUCAGGAAUUCUGAACCUAAAUCAUUUGUACCUCACCAACGCUGGAUCAACGAUUGACCUACCGACUUGGCAAUUCAACGGUCGUCAUCUAUGGCUAUCAGGAGCGAAUAUUUCAAACGAAGAUGUGAUUCAUUGCUUGGAACUUUGGCAGUCAGGUGCAGCGUUUCAAAAUCUAGAAUCUCUACUUAUUCGUACUGAAAAAGGAUAUCCCUUAGAACCUGCUAUGAUCUACAAUCAACUUGAUGCAAAUCCAUGGGAUUCUGAUAGACGGCCGCAGUAUUAUGUAUUUGAUGAAAAUGUACGGUAUUUCAACUUUUCAAACAAUUGCAGCAAAAUGGACUUUGCUCGUUAUCUGGAUAUCGAAGGUAUUGAGAAAAUGGCCUCUAUAUACAUUAUGCCGCAUUGUUUGGAACUUUACGUCUGGAAACUAUAAGAUAACGUUUUUUUUGUCAAUACUUGUUAACGGUAAUAAACUGGAAUAUUC